GGAGGAAGGAGGGGGUGGGCACAGGAAAGAGGGGAAAGAAAAAAGAAAAAGAAUCACAUGCCACAGUGUCUGAAUAUAUCCUUUACUUGUAGAUAAUUCCAUCUGAGUUGCACUUUUGCCUUUUUAUUUCCGUUUUUGGACACCUCUUUUAUCAUCCAGCCAACUGGAAUAGACAAAGCACAGUUGGUGCCCUGAGCGACAGAACUCUGCUUAAACAACAGAAUUUGCUGCUCUCCCUCUCCUAUCCUGCAAUUUAAUUCCUUACAGAUUUUGCCAUGGGGUGCGGACUUAGGAAGCUAGAAGACCCUGAUGAUAGCAGCCCUGGAAAAAUAUUUUCUACCCUGAAGAGACCUCAAGUGGAAACAAAGACAGAAUUUGCUUACGAAUAUGUAUUGCUGGAUUUUACUUUACAAGCUUCGCCAAACCCAGAAGUCAUCAAGAUAAAUUCAAUUCCAGAUAUAGUAACAAAAGUGGAAGAUUACUAUCUUAAAGGAUAUAUUGUUGGGGCUAUUCAUCCUGUUAUACAACCUGUGCGGCAACGAAAACACCUACCUGCAAGUUACCUAUAUAGGGUGGUGCUGUCACGCUUGAAAUUAAGCCCGAAGCAUUCGGCAUCACCCACUGGACAAAGACGCCCAAGGCUUGUGAUUGAGGAAUGUCCUCUAACUUAUGAGACACAAACAAAUGAUGUAGCAAAAGAACUGAUAGAAAAGAUUAAUGUAGCUGCUAAAAAAGGAAUGAGAUUUGUUGGAUUCAUAUCACAACAUUAUCCACCAUUCUGCAAUGGAGCCAACCAUGAUGGAGAUAUAGAAUCACCACUACAUGUGAGACACACUUCAGAUGAAAACUGCAAAAGUUGGAAUGAAGGAACAUUAAGUGGGCAAUCAUCUGAAAGUGGAAUUGAGGAAGAAUUUCAUCAUGAAAGUGGACAGUGUCAAGUGGAACAAGAUGGCAGCCCCAGUUCCUCUAAAUCAAGAAAGGGAGAAGAUAACAAGUUGUAUACAGUCUUCAAUGUCUUUGAUGAUGAAUCAACCUCCUGGACCUAUCAGGAGGGCAUCCUGUCAGUGAAAGUAACAAGAAAAGGAUCUGUCAUUAGUACACUUGAUGCCGAUUGGCUGGAGCUAACUACAUUUUAUUAUAAGCAAGGCUUGUCUUUAAUUGAUUCUUUUGUGUGCUGGGAAACAUCUAAAGGGGACCAUUUGCCUAAAUCUUUGGAAGGGUUCUUUAUCUAUGAAGAAGAAGGCUCUGGAGUUCCAGGUUCCAGUAGGAAAGGAAAUGAUGCCAUCGUAGUAGAACAAUGGACUGUUAUCGAGGGCUGUGAAAUCAAGACGGAUUACGGCCCUCUGCUGCACACUCUGGCUGAGUUUGGGUGGCUCCUGACCAGCGUGUUGCCUACACCGAUACUGAGACAUGACAGUGAAGGGAAUUUGGCUACAAAGCAGGUUGUGUUCCUUCAGAGACCAGUUAUAUGGAAUUCAGCUGCUCAAACACCAGAAAGGAAAGCCAGCCGGCAUAUAAAAGGUGAUGACAGGAACAAAGCCACCAGUAGAAGCAUCGGAUCGGACACGGCUGCGUCACCAUCACAAGCUCCAGAGAACAGAAAGCCGCCUGAGGAGGGCCUCCUCUCCCCUAGAGAAUGCUGGAUGAAGGAAAAGAGGCCAGCACACUACAGCAGCUUCUCUGGGUUCAGCAGCAGUGACAGUGUCCUGCGGGAAUUAGACGAUGGACAGUUUGAUCAGGAAGACGGAGUCACUCAGGUCACUUGUAUGUGAGCUUUGAAGGAAAGCAACAGAAGGCGUUGUAAAUAACUAUGAAAAUAACUGCCAACUGACCUUCUUGUAUUUCUUUAUCUGCAUUUAUGUAAUACUUCGAAUUUUUACAGACUCCGGCUUUCUUCUAAUUUACGUAAAUU